AUGCAAUUACGAAUUUUAACACUGAAUAUUUGGGGUGUACGCCGUAUUGCCAAAUAUAUUGAUGAAAGAGUCAAAGCAUUAAUUAAAUAUUUAAAAAAUAAAGACUCUUAUUACGAUAUUAUUGGAUUACAAGAAGUAUGGAGUAAACAAGAUUAUAUUUUAAUACGUGAUCAACUGAAAUCAGAGUAUCCUUAUAGUCAUUAUUUUCUAAGUGGAGUAAUUGGAAGUGGUUGUUGUGUACUAUCGAAGCAUCCGAUUCUGAACGUUUAUGAACAUCGUUAUACACUGAACGGUUUUCCUCAUAAAAUUCAACAUGGUGAUUGGUUUUGUGGUAAAUUAAUUGGUUUAUGUAUAAUAUCGUGCAAUGGUUGCAUUAUUAACGUUUAUAAUACACAUCUACAUGCCAAUUAUCAUCACGUUAUACCAGACGAUAUUUAUUUAGCACAUCGUGUAUGCCAAGCAUACGAAUUAAUACAAUUUAUUGAAUCAACAUCAUCAAACUACAAAACAGAUUUAGUUGUAUUACUUGGUGAUCUUAAUUUAACAACUGAUGAUUUGGGAUUUAAAUUAAUUAAACAUAUAUGUCAAUUUCACGACAGUCAUGAUGAACGAAUUCGUACAGACAAAUAUGACCCUGAUUGUCCAAAUAACGGUUAUACAUGCGAUUUACCUGACAAUCCUUUUGCUACACCACUUAAGCACUCGAAAAAUGGUCAACGAAUCGAUUAUAUUUUGUAUCAUGCUCGAAACAAUAAUGUCAAAUGCAUUGAAUCAUAUACGACAUUAAAUAGAAUUCCGAAUAGCCGUUUAUGUUAUUCUGAUCAUCUUGCUGUUUAUUCUCUAUUGGAAAUUGAUGAAAAAGUAAAAUUUCAAGAUAUUGUUUCUAGACAGAAUAAUCGUGAACAAAAUGAUGAUGUAUUAGACAAUGAAACUAGAGAUUUAUUGGAGUCUGCUGUUUUAAUUAUUAAAGCAACAGUUGAACGUAUUCAACGUGAUCGUUUAUGGUACGGUAUCAUUGCUCUGAUAUCGUUAAUAUUUUUAUUUUUGUUUAAUGGAAAUCCAACAACAAAUUCUAUCUACUAUUCAAUAUUAAUGUUAAUUAAAAACUUGCUGUGUUUAAUAGUUAUAAUUGGUGGAAUAUGGCUUGUGGGUUUGGGAAAACCACAUGAACGUAACGCGUUAAGUUCAGUUAAAAAUGCUAUGUCUAUUCGUUUAAAGGCACCACAAUUUUUCCAUUAA